UGAACACUUGCUGAAUGCUAAACUUAUUAAAGGAACUAACACGGAGUGUUGGGUGAGAGCGCUAUGAGAGACUUAUACUGUUUUAUUAUUUGCAUAUUAUCUUCCACAAUAGUAAUAGCUGAAGGAGAUUGCCAAAAUGAAAAUGAAAAAGAAGACAUUACAGUACCAUGUAAUUUUGUUGAAAAGCAUUGUUGGAAAACUUGUGAGCCACAAAACAUUCUGAGGUGUAUAGAGCGUUAUAUGAGAAAAUGUAGAAAUAUAGGCCGGCUUUUCGGUGUCAAGCCAGGCUAUGGUAUCCAGAAAGUAUCCUAUUCAAAUGCAACGAUGAAUAUGACAGAAGGAUACAUAGUUCACAUCCCCUCCGAAGCAGUACAGAAGGGCAUAAAUGAGAAUGGGGAGAUUGGAAAAGAUAUGAACUUCAUUGUGUUGGUUCUAAACAAAACCUUCUUUACGACAAACUCCGUUUCUGACGUCAUUGGAGAAAAUGUGUUGGGUGUCUGGCUUGGGACGACAGAAGUUCGCAACCUUUCUGAGCCUGUUCAGCUCAAGUUCAAAAACACCAAUCAGACUGAAAAUGGAGUCUGUGUCUACUGGCAUCUCGAAAAGACGGGUGGUAACUGGAGUAAAGAAGGCUGUAGCACUAGAGUACAGAAUGAUACAUUUGUGUGCAGUUGUAAUCAUCUGAGCUUUUUUGCCGUGCUCAUUAAUCCUAAAAUUCCCGAAGAAAUCCAUAUCGUCAAUCUCAGCUACAUUUCAUAUGUCGGCUCAGCCCUUUCAAUAGUGUUUGCAGGCCUCGUCAUCGUCAUAUUUAUUUGCCAGAGAAAGAAGCAGUCUGAGAAUUCAGUCAUGAUUCACGUACAGCUCACAGGCUCCCUCUUCUUGCUGCACAUCUCAUUCUUGUGCAGCGUCUGGUUUUCGGACCGGGGUGAUGAGGUUUGCCUGUCUUUAGGACUUAUUCUACACUGGUGUCUUUUGGCCACUUUCUCGUGGAUGGCCAUCGAGGGCUUUCACCUGUACCUGCUGCUAGUGCGGGUCUUUAACAUCUACAUCAAGAGAUAUACGCUAAAACUAAGUCUUGUGGCCUGGGGUGUACCUACAGUAACAGUGGUGAUAUGUGGGAUAAUUAGUAAACAUACAUCAGUUUAUGGAAAAUACUCUUUUGGAAAAUACCCAAACUCGACAAGCACGUCUAUAUGCUGGUUAACCACACAGACAGCGAGUUUCAUUACAGUGAAUGGUUAUCUAGGCCUGGUGAUGAUCUUUAACACGAUUAUGCUUGGGGUGGUGUUGGUUAAGAUGCGUCAGUUAAGAUCGCAGGACGUUCGGAUUAAAGACAAUAAGAGGCGGGUUUGGAAAGACUGGGUUUCUCUGCUCGGCCUCUGCGGUGUUCUGGGAAUCCCAUGGUCACUGGCUUUCUUCACCCAUGCGCCUUUAAAUCUCCCGGCUCUCUAUAUGUUCACCAUUCUUAACAGUUUUCAAGGUGUUUUUAUCUUCCUGUGGUUUCUGACGCUCACAUGCAAAGCACGAGAAGAGGAAUAUGUCUCGUCAAAGGGAACGAUUCACGUCAGCUUCCAGAGUAAUGAGGAACAUGUGACCACAGGUUUUGUUAAUGGAAAGAAUUAACACAUAAAUGUAUGAACAGAAUGGAGAUUUAAAUGCUCCUGGUCUUUUAGUAUAUUUUUAUGCAUAUAUUUUUCAAACCGAGGCCUGCAGACCCUCAGGGCAACAAGGGGGCACUAUGGGAUCUGUAUAAAACUGAUGCAAAGAUACAGGAUAUAUUUUUCUAAAAUAUAUUUAUUUCUAAGUGUUAAUUGGUAAAUAAGUUGUUUACUGUAUAUUGGUAUUGUGUGGUCUGUCUUUGUUCACUUUGUCUUUAGUUUGGUCACCUGACAGUAUUCUUUGUAAAUAAAUAUGGAACUAUAUUCAUCGUGUAAACAAACACACUAGAAUUUUGAAUUUUAUUCACGUUUAUACAGUACACCUGCUCUUUGCUCCAGCAAAGACAGUCUGUUGAACAAAUAAAUACAUGUUGACAUUCCAAAGUUAAGACUUCAGUAAAAU